CAAACCGCCAACGGUCAAUACGAAGACGACGACGAAGAAACGCACAAAGCACACACACACAAGAAGCACUCAUACAGCAACAAGGCACCGCAGGCGCCAUGAUGCGACGAGGGGGGCGUUCGGUCGCCACAACCCCGACAACGGAAACCCAUGAAGGCGGCGCAGGACGAACAACCGCUACAGCUGCCGCCACCGCAAACACUAGCCCGUACCAGUGGCAGCAACACCAACCGCGUCGCUUCCUCCCUCACCAUCAACAACGCGAACAACGCGAACAACACAGCAAGCAACAGCACGCUCGAGUAGCAGUGGCAUCGCACAGCCCCGGCACCAACGACAACCACAACUACAAAAGGCAGCCAAGAAUACAACGCAAGGACGCAGGCGAACCAACAACAAGCGCCAUCACGCAAAGGCAUCACCGCCCGACGCAGCCACCACUUGAUCGGCAGCGGCUGGGUCACGGCGUGGCAUGUCCGCGGUCACAAGCACACGCAAAGAGUGCAACCACAAGCAAAGACGAGAAGACGCAACGACAGCAGCAGCAGCACCAAAGACCUGCGAAGCUGCACGCGUCUGACUUUCCCAUCAUCAAGCGCAUUGGGCGCGGGUCGUUUGGCGACGUGUACUUGUCGCGCUGUUCCCGCAACAUUGACGACUCGGCCACAUGCGUCGUAAAGAAAGUUGAGUUGACUGGUCUUCGCAAAGAGGAGCUGAACGACGUGCUGUCGGAGGUCGACAUCAUGUCCCGCAUCGAGCACCCGAACAUCAUUCAGUUCCACGCGUCGUUUGUCGAAGAAAACACAAUGCACAUUGUCAUGGAGUUUGCGACGUGUGGGGAUUUGCUCCACCUCACCGACGAGAUACACGCCGCCAAGGCCAAGGGGACCCUUCAGGGUACCGACGUUGAGGCAGUUGCGUGGGACGUGUUGACGCAGCAGGCGUGCGGGCUGCUGUAUCUCCACAACCGCAACAUCAUCCACCGUGAUAUCAAGCCACAGAACAUCCUCGUCACCACGUGUGCCCGCGGCUAUCGCGUGUUCAAGAUUGCCGACUUGGGAUUCGGCAAAGUGCUCGCCUCGGGACGCGCGCUGGCGCGGUCGCACGUGGGGACACCGCUGUACAUGGCGCCCGAGAUGUAUGCUGGCGAAGACUACACCGCAGCCAUCGACAUCUGGGCACUCGGCUGCGUUGUGCAUCAAACGUGCACGAACAAGACCCCCUUCAACGCCCGCACACAUCAGAGGCUCAGAGGAACCAUCGUGAAGGAUGCGGCACCGGAACUUCCGACCGAUUUCAGCGUUGAACUGCAGUUUAUCGUGUCGCUGAUGCUGCACAAGAUACCGACGCGUCGCCCCAGCGCACAGCAGGUGUUGUCGUACCCAGCAACACGCGUGCGCGCACAGCUCGUCGACAUGCAGCGGCGCGUGUGCGAGAUGGAGGAGGUGUGUGCUGAGCGUGAGCGCACGGAGGCGGGGCUGCGGCGCGAAAACCGGCGCCUGUUGCAGCUGGUCGAUGCCUGCAGACACGAGAUUGACGACUUGAAGCAGCAGCAGCAGCAGCAGCAGCAGCAACAGCUGGAGAAACAACAAGGGAGGCAGCAACAGUUGGAGAAGCAGCAGCAGCGGCAACAUGGCAAGCAACACGUGGGCGAUGACGACGUCCAAUACCAUCAGGACAAGCCCUUGGUGCAUCGCAACGAGCAGUGCCAUGGGAAGCACCCAUCAGCACGAACACAACGGCAGCGACAACGUGGCGUGCACUCACUCGUCUUUGCACCGUCAAAGGGAGUGCACGCACAACCAACGCGCGAUGGCAGUGGUGGUGACCAGGUUACGCCCAUGUGGCAAACACGACAGCAACCGCAUGAGCAGCAGCGACAAGCACAACACCGACCACACCAACAACAGCAACAACGAGUGCGGAAGGUGUCUGUGAUUUCGUUUGCGCCAAAGAGCAGAAACGCCUCUCUGUCCGACAACAACGAUGAUGGCAGUGAUGGCAGUGAUGGCAGCCACGACUACAACGACGACGCACGCAGCGAGCGGAGCGGAGACAGUGAUCGCAGAAGUGGUGGCAACGAUGGAUGUGAUUAUGGUGAUGGUGAUGGUGGUGAUGGUGAUGGUGCACAGGCUCUGAUCUUGCACAAUGGGCGGGGUGCACGUGACGGUGAUGGAAGUGCUCACGAUGGCAAUCGCAAUCGUGGUGAUGAUGAUGAGUACACUGGCUAUGACGACAGCCUGCUGCUGCAGUCAUUCCGUGAUGAUGAUGAUGAUGGUGGCGGUGGUGGUGGUGGCGAUGGUCACAGCGGCCGCGGCGCUGAUGAAAGCAGGACUAGCAACAGCCAUGACGAAGAUGCAUCUUGCGUGGCACUGACACAUGCCGGGCUGGCAGCAAGUGCGAAGCUGGGGCAGCUUGAGGCGUUGUUGGACAUGGUGGAGGAAGGGCACGCACACACGACAGCCAAUGCAGACGUGUCUGCCUAUUGCAGUACUGCCACUGGCCAACGCAACGCCGCCGUCAUUAUCCGCGAAGCGUCAUCACAUCAAGGGCAUCAUCAUCAUCAUCAUCAACAACAGCAGCAGCAGCAGCAGCAGCAGCCUUCUCUGCCAGUGGCAACACUUGAGACGAUGUCGAAAACAACAACAACUACCACGACAAUGGCUGCUGAGCCAGGUGUUGCGUAUCGAGUGGUGCGAGAGUCUCAACCAUCGCACCUUUCACGCCACGUAACGCCCAACAACAACAACAACGACAACAACAACAACAACACCAACAACACCAACGUCAACAGCAGCAGCAGUAUCACGCGUGGAGGUGGUAUGCCGUACACUGCAGGUGCGGCCUACGCGUCCAGCAUUGACACACAUGAUCGUGUUGGCGGCGAUAGAAAUCUGCUGCGAGAGAUUAAGGAGAGAUGGAUGCGUGCACGCAGCGACAACGACAGAGAUGAUGGUGAUGGUGGUGAUGGGGAUGGUGAUGAUGAUGACGGGAGCGUUGCCAGAGACGAUUUCAAUGAUGACAACAGUCUGCAUGCUCGCCAUCCUGGCGAUGAUGAUGAUGAUGAUGGUGGUGGUGGUGGUGGUGGUGACGGCCGUCAUGACGACUGUCGUGCUUCCACGGUCCAUUCCGCACAGCACCCCUCGUCCCCGACUGUGUUGUCGUUUCUAUCGUCAUCAUCGUCAUCAUCGGCAUUGCUCGCACCGUCGCUGUCGGUGUCAUUCCCGUCAUCAGCCGCGUCAUCGCACGCGCCACGCAACACGGCAAGCCGUCGUGAUGGAGAUGGUGGUGAUGGUGAUGGUGGUGGUGAUGGGUGCACCGUCCAUACCCGAAGCAACGCUGGCAGCAACAACGGAGAUGAUGGCAAUGACAUCAGGAGCGACAGUCACGACAGUCAUGAGACGUCGACCAGCGCAAUCUCUGUGGAGGUGUGGGGACCCAACACCAACCACGGUGGCGGUGGCCGUGUCGCGGACACCAAUGUUGCAGACAGAAGUGCUGGUGAAUGUGGUGUUCACGAGCACAGCAAGAGCAACGGGGGAGACAGCAGCCUCAUGCGUGGCACAGGCGAUGACAGUGUGCUCUCGAGGCGGCGGCAGCAGAGCGAGCAUGGCACGGCUGCCGGGUGGAUGGCCAUGGCUUCCACGCCAAACGCAUCGCCCCACAAGCGGGCAUAUGCUCUCCUCUCGCCACACACACGCGCUCGCCACCAACUUCACCCCCAACAGCAUGAUCACCACCACCACCACCACCAGGCUGGUGAGAAUGCUGUGCAUGUGCGUGGUGAUGUGCGAGUGCGCGUGGAAACCGGUGCUGAUCGUGGCAACACGACGUGGCCAUCACUACUGCCCGAUCUCCGCCAUGGCGACGAUGGUGGUGUUGGUCGCGAUGGUCGUGGUGGUGGUGAUGGGUGGCCUCACGUGCGUGGCGGCAACCUCGACACGACGCUCCCGGCAUACAUUGCGUCGACACAUACACAACCGGCGAUAGCGGUGCGUGGGACCUCAGCAGCGAUGACAGCACGUGUUGCCCAGCACUACCGACAACAACAUCAACAACAUCAACAACAACAACAACAGCAGCAGCAGCAGCAGCAGCGCCGGCAAGGUAUUGCUGAUGCUGCCAACGUGGACGCUGGGUUGCGUGUGCUUCACACAGCCGUGUUGUCACCGCAGCAGCAGCCACGACACACGCGCUGUGCGACUGCCACCACCCCAAGCAACGCUGUUUGCACAGGAACACCGAAGAAGCUCCACAUGUAUGUGGAUGCGCAUCUCAGGAGCGGAUAUGUUAAUGGUGAUGCUGAUGCUGAUGAUGGAACGUAUCAAGCACGCCCCGCGCACCAAACACCUGACACCCCGCCACAACAACAACAGCAGCAGCAGCAGCAGCGGUCGGCCAAGGCAAACAGGACACCGCUUGCCCAUCACACCAACACGCAGAUGGCUGUUCGAUCCGGUGUAAGCCCCACAUUCGGCAACGGCAAGGGAGCACGCGCUGCGCUGGGGGUCAUGCCGCCAUCCUUACCGUCCGUGCACCACCUUGACCAACGCCACAUUCACCGUGGCAGGGGUGGUGAUGGUGAUGCUGGUGGUGGGAAACACCACACGCCGCAACACUGGCCGCUGCAACCUGAGUCUUUGUCGCACUAUUUCCAGGAGAGGGACAGCAGCGUUGUGGGUGUUGGUGUGGAACGUGCUUACACCGCCCACGACUCGCCACACGCAUGGACCCCACCGAAGACGGGAGCACCAAUGUCUUCCGCAACGGAUGCAACAACCAUGACGACGGCGGUGGGAACAUGCGUGCCAGGCACACGUGUGACUGCUGAAGCGGCCGUGCGAGCCAUGCAGCGGGCAGCCACAACAAUGGCAACCGCCAUGACUGGUCAUGGAUACGAUGAUGCUGAUGAUGAUGGCACCCCUCGUCAUGGCUGGUGA